AUGGCAUCUCCAGAGGCAAUCAGAGCCAUGAGGAGCAUCGCGCGAGCCAGUUCACGCUCUUUCGCCUUACAACGACAGACGCAAACGACAUGCAGUGAAUGCCUUGCCAGCAGGAGUGCGAUUCAGCGCACAAACAGCAGACGGAGACCUUGGCGAGCUCCGGUGGGACGUUCAGCAGUGUACAGAUCCAUACAGGUCCGAGCGCUAUCCUCUUCGGCGGUGUACAGGAAAGAGACGGGUCCGAUUGCAGAGUACGAUCACAGAGUACAGUCAGGCCGGCUGCGAGACGAUGAACACCAGAGGAAUCUAAUACAAGCUCUACAAGACCUGCACGAAACACUCUCAAGGUACAACCCGCCAGGUGUCGUACGGCCUACGAUCGAAUCUCUUCAACCGAAGAAAAAGUCAUUCUUUGGGCUGCUGGGUGGAGGAGGAGGCAAGUUACAAAUGAGGCCGCGCCCGGACCUACCCAAAGGCCUGUACAUGUACGGCGAUGUCGGGAGUGGAAAGACAAUGUUGAUGGACUUGUUUUACGACACGCUGCCGGACAACAUCACCCAUAAGACCAGGAUACACUUCCACAACUUCAUGCAGGAGGUACACAAGGAGCUGCACAAGAUGAAGAUGCAACACGGCAACGACAUCGACUGCAUUCCCUUUGUGGCGGCUACUUUUGCGGAGAAAGCGAGUGUUUUGUGCUUUGACGAGUUCCAAUGCACAGACGUGGCAGACGCCAUGAUCCUGCGAAGACUGAUUGAAUCCCUCAUGGCCCACGGCACAGUCAUCGUGACGACGAGCAACCGACAUCCCACAGAACUCUACAAAAACGGCAUCCAGCGCGAGUCCUUCGUUCCGUGCAUCAACCUUCUCCUCGACCAGCUGCGGGUCCUCAACCUCGACUCAACAACAGACUACCGCAAAAUUCCACGCCCGCCCUCUGGAGUAUACCACCACCCUCUCGACACCGCCGCCAACCGCCACGCGGAACACUGGUUCAAGUUUCUCGGCGAUUUCGACCAUGACCCGCCUCACGCAGCAACUCAGACAGUCUGGGGUCGCGAGAUUACCGUCCCUCGCGCAUCGGGGAAGGCCUGCUGGUUCACAUUCAACGAACUCAUCGGCAGUGCAACAGGAGCAGCCGACUAUCUCGAACUCGUCCGGCACUACGACCGCUUCAUAGUGACCGACGUUCCCGGAAUGAAUCUCCGCUCGCGAGAUCUCGCCCGGCGGUUCAUCACAUUCCUCGACGCAGUCUACGAAUCCCGCGCCAAGCUAGUGCUGACGAGUGCAGUGCCCUUGACCCAGCUCUUCAUGUCGCGGGAUGAAGUAGGCGAACUCAUUGACUCCGCGGCGGCCAACGCCCCAAAGCUUCCAUCCAUCACCUCCAACACCAAGGCUUCCAAAUCUGCACGAGCAGCCAAGGAGGUCAAGGAGGGCAGCGACGUGGACGACGCGAUGAGAAUGAUGAUGGAUGAUCUCGGUAUGAACAUGGAUACUAUGAAGAAGAGCAGUAUGUUCACUGGGGAUGAAGAGGCGUUUGCAUUUGCAAGAGCACUGAGUCGACUGACGGAGAUGGGUAGUCAGGAAUGGGUUGAGAGAGGGCUGGGUAUGGAGCAUCGCGGUGGGGAGAAGGAGAGGGCUGACUGGACGAAAGUCAAAGGACAGUGGCAUCAGGACAGUUAUUGA